UUGCUGGUGUGACGUUGCGGCGACUUGAAAUUGGGUUUGGAGGGACUCGUUGGCUGGUGGAGGGAGCCUGCAAGGGACGUGGCCUCGGGUGGAGACGGAAGAUGGAUGGAUCAAGGCGGUGCUGCCAGACGAGAUUGCAGGCAAACUCAAGUUUGCUUGUGUCCGCUGCCGAACCGCGAAGGCACAAAGAAGAGAACGAUAAUAGCCCGAUGUAAUCCGGAUGCUGCUCGUCUCGCCAAAUGCGACACGCAAAGGGCAAUGGGGAACAGGAAAUAUCGAUCGAUACGGCUCCCAGAAUUGCUGGUCUGUCACGGGCGAUUAAAUCACGACAGACAAGCCUCGUCGCUCCGACUCAACGAAAAUACCCAGUUUUUUGUAGACCUUCUCUUUCAGACCGUCGCUGCAAUUAAUGUCCAGUCGCAACCGCAGUGCCCGCCAGCGUGCUCCAAUCGAUGUCAAGAGCGUGUCCUCGAGGGGAAUCGGAAUCGGAACCUGGCGUAUGCAAUCGGAGAACCAGCGAUGGUGAAGUGGGGGGAACGCCGUCGGGGAAAGAAGCGAAGGGUAAAAUCGUGAAAGAAGACAAAAAGGAGGAGACGAGACGGGGAAAUGGUGGUUAAAGGGUUAAUGCGAGUCCUCGUUUGAACGGAACCGAAAGAGUGAAAGGGAGGCACUGCCAACUGGGGGCUGCAACUUUGGGAAGGGCGAAGGGCGGGAGUUCAAGAUCCCAGUGGACGAACCAGGGGCGCGAGGGCCUGAAGAGUGGGCCGGGAUGGUCGGAUGCUUGGCUGCGAAAUGUGCGGAGGGUGGAUCGUGCGCGUGGAUGCCCUGGCUGAAGUGAUUCUGGAGCCAAGCAUUUCUUCUGACUGCCCGCCCACCCAUUUCAUCAAGGCGACGGCAGGUUGCAACUUGCAAGGC